AAAACAAGAUUCCCCUCCCACCUGAUAACUAUUAUCUCUCUGUUACUUAUCACUGCACUUCCUUUCCAGAUCCAAAAUCUCCCUCAUUCCGCUCUCCCCUGCCGCCGUUGCUGCUUCCAUUCUCCGGUGAGCCGGUCUCCGCCGCCGCCGAAAUGAGUCGGAUCCGUAAGAUCUGUCUCGUCCUCUCCCGCAUCCUCUCCAAACCCUCCCGCCACCUCCUCCUCCACCUCCGCCUCCUCUUCCUCUUCGUCCCCACCUAAAUUCUCCAUCACUCUCCCUCUCUACCUCAUCCCCCCCCCCUUCGCCGGCGAUCAAUUACAUCGCCAGAGUUCACAAAACCUCUCAUUGCUAAUCUCAAAUUGCAAUUUCUCCGGUCCAAUUCGAAUAACGUACAAAUCGGCAUUUCCUCCAAUGUCGAUUCUGGCAGUAUUGACGGAGGACCUGCUAGUUAGGGUGAACUCCAGAAUCGAAGACGGCGCCGACCGGAGGUCGUGGCGACUGGUGUGCAAGGAGUUCCUCCGGGUCGAUUCCCUGACCCGAAAAUCUCUCCGGGUCCUGCGGUCCGAGUUCAUCUUCUCUCUACUCCGGCAGUUCCCAAACGUCGACGCCCUGGAUCUCUCCGCCUGCCCGCGGGUCGACGACGGGAUGCUGACACUGCUGCUGGCUCGCGGCGCCGCUUCGACGACGGCGUCGCUUAGUUGGAACUUGAGGUCCCUGAAUCUGAGCAGGGCGACGAACGGGAUGUCGUUUAAGGGCCUGGCGCUGAUUGCUUCGGCGUGUUCGCAGCUGGAGAAACUCGACGUUUCGUACAACUGCCGGCUUGGGGAUCGAGAGGCGGCGGCCAUUUCAGGGAUUGAAGGGCUGAAGGAGCUGAGGUUGGAUAAGUGUUUGGAAGUAACCGAUGUUGGGCUGGUGAAGAUUGCUGUCGGUUGCCAGAAACUGGAGAAGCUCAGCUUGAAAUGGUGCAUGGAGAUAUCUGAUCUGGGUGUUAAUUUGCUCAGCGUCAAGUGUUGGAGUUUGAAGUUUCUUGACAUAUCUUAUCUCAAGGUGACGAAUGAAUCACUCUGUUCGAUUGCUUCUCUGCCGAAAUUGGAAGGUUUGACAAUGGUGGGUUGUCCUCUGGUCAAUGAUUCUGGGCUGGAAUUCCUUUCUAGAGGCCAUUCAUUGAAGGAAAUUGAUAUAUCAAGGUGUGAAGGUGUUAGUUCGUCUGGAUUGGUCUCCUUAAUUCGUGCACAUUGUAACCUUAUGCGGAUCAUCGCUGGUUAUCUUCCUGAACUUUCUGCAGCUCUUCUGGACAGUCUAAAACUCUUGAAGAAUCUAACCACACUCAUAAUCAAUGGGACUCAAGUCUCCGAUACUGUUCUCCAGACAAUCAGCUCCAACUGCAAGUCAUUAAUCGAGAUAGGGUUGAGCAAAUGUAUAGGAGUGACGAAUGUGGGAAUUCUGCAGCUCGUGUCCAGCCAUCAGAAGUUGAAAGUUCUUGAUCUGACGUGCUGUGGCUCAGUUACUGAUGCUGCAGUUUGUGCUGUGGCUGACUCUUGCAGUAGCCUGGUACGCCUGAAGUUGGAAGCUUGUUAUAUGGUCACUGAAAAGGGUCUUGAACGACUUGCAUCAUCGUGUUUGUUGCUCGAGGAGGUUGAUCUCACUGAUUGCAGUGGCAUAAAUGACUCAGGGCUUGAAUGCCUCUCUAGAUGCUCAAGGCUUGUCAGCUUAAAGUUGGGGCUCUGUUUUACCAUAUCAGACAAGGGGCUUUCUUAUAUCGCCGCCAACUGUUCGGAGCUUUGUGAACUAGAUCUAUACCGCUGCACUGGCAUUGGAGAUGAAACUCUAGCUGCAUUGUCAAAUGGCUGCAAGAAACUGAAGAAGCUGAACAUCUCAUACUGCAUAGAGAUCACUGAUAGAGGGAUGAAGUCUCUUGGCUCUUUGGGUGAACUGGUCGACCUUGAGAUGCGAGGUCUCCACAAUGUCACGGGCAUUGGGUUAGCAGCCUUUGCAGCCAUGUCCAAGCGACUGGCUGAUCUUGACUUGAAGCACUGUGAGAAUAUCGAUGAUUCGGGUUUCUGGGCUCUGGCAUGUUACUCUCACAACUUGCGCCAGAUAAACUUGAGCAACUGCAACAUCUCGGAUGUAACAUUGUGCAUGGUGAUGGGGAACUUGACUCGGCUGCAAGAGGCGAAGCUGGUGCACCUACCGAACAUUACCGUGGAAGGGUUCGAGCUCGCGUUGAGGGCUUGUUGUGUUCGAAUCAAGAAGGUGAAGAUGGUCUCUGAACUCAGGCUCUUGCUUUCGUCGGAGAUACUCGAGAUAUUGCAUGCUAAGGGUUGCAUAAUCAGGUGGGAUUAGCUAUAAAAAAAAACCCCUUUCAGUUCCAGUUCCAGCUUUAGUCUUUUUUCCCCCUUCUUCUCUCUGUUGUACAAGUUGAUGGUGUUUUGUGUUGUUGAGGCUAAUCUGCGGCUGUAUUAUUAAGUAAUAAGAGGGAACUUUUGAGAGAAGAACCAGGUGUGUUUCAUUGUGCUGUCCUUGGUUGGAGGGUAGGGUGCCCUUGGGAUAAUAGGUGCUAGCAGGGAGUUAUCUUUUUGUUGCACCUCAUCCAUCUUUGAUUAUUGUAAUGUAAUAAUGCCUAAUCACUUGCUAAUUCUGGACACUGAGUCGUGCUUUCUGUAAUCAACUACGUACUAAUUCUGGACCCUGUGGUUCAAGUUUGUAUUGUACUGUGAAGGAGCUGAUACGAAUCUGUAGAAA